AUGGACCGCUCAGUCAAGACUGGUGACCGUGGUGAGUGCACUAAUUCCAUCGGACCAUUCACCAGACGAUGUGCUGAUCAACCCUUGUCUGUGCUCGUCUCGACGUUCGCAGUGCUUUUCCGUAUUGGUCCCAACCAGGUCGAGGGGAUUGUUCGUCGUAUCCUGGCCGAUAACAAAGUGAGUCUGAGUUCCAUCGUUAUACCUCGCCGCACAGGCUCGAUUGGGGCAAAGGGGAGAGUGCCAUUCAGUUGUGGCAGAUCAGGAUGCGGUUGAUGCAUUGGGCAGUCAGACUUCUGAGCCACGUUGAACUCGAUUUGCAUUUUUCCGCUACACGUCAGGGCGAGAUCAUCCUUGAGCUGGAGCACAUCAACGUCGAUGGAUCCACCACGAUGAUGUGGCGUCAUCUCAACAAGAGUGAGUGCGCCACGCUGAUUCCAAAGCAUGUCGUGUGGGCUUUCAUGUGCUCACUGCAAGGACUUGGACCACCUUCUGCUCCACAGUCAUCUUCGUCUAA